AUGCCAAAGGGCAAAGUGGACUUUGGGUGGAACAUUGCCAUGGGUGGCAUCCCCCUCUUCCUCACUACUGGCCCUGGCUUUGGAGAGGCUGAGGUGUACCACAUGCUGAACAUAGCCUAUGGGAGCCUGAAGCUGACAAAGCACUUGCCAGGCUUUGAAGGCUUCCAGGUUGACAGGAUCAUUGUCUACCCACUUCUCCUGCACAGCCUCAAGAACUAUAGCACCAUGAAGUGGGAAAGCCCACCCACAAACAUCUCAGCAGCCAAGAAGAAGGAAACUGCAUUAAAGGCCUUGCUGAGAAGGCUGCAGCAAGAUCAGUUCCUGGGGCAUGGGGGCUACAGAGUGGAAGCCAGGCUGUCAGGCCAUGGUGACCCCAAAGAAUGCCUUCACCAGUUCAUGGCUUGGGUGAACCACAGGAAAUCCUUUGAGGCCAAGGUGCAAAUGAAGGUGAUCAGCUUGGAUGAGUACCUGGCCACAGCCACCAAUGCUGUGAACAAGUGGGGCUCCAUGUUGAACAGGGACAGCAGGCUGGAGCUGUCCACAGGGCACCCAAUUGUGGAUGGAUAUCGGAAAGCCCUCAAUGCCCUAGGCUUCAGCCUGGAGCCAAAGCCUUUCCAAACUUUGAUUGACUUGGUGGGUGGCAGUCAUGGUGAUGGGCCUGCUGAGGCCAGAACCCCAGAUGCCCCAGCAGCACCUCAACCAGCUGGGCCUGCAGAUGAAGCCCCAGAUGCCCCAGCAGCACCUGAACCAGCUGGGCCUGCAGGUGAACCUGUGAAGCUGGAACCCCAAGCUGGGGAGAGCAAUAUGUAUGACUUGGCUCUGCUCCCUGGAGUUCCUCCUGGUACUGCCUUGAGGCCAUUACCUGAUCCAGACUGUGAAGAUGGCCACAUUCCUUAUGAGUCUUGGGACACUUCUUUGAAGGUUGUGUACCAAAGGCUAUUUGGCCUGCGGCCUCUGGAACCUGAAGAACUCUUCUGGUGCGCUGUGCAAGCGCAUUUGCUGAGACGACCAGACCAGCCAGGCUCCGCAGAGGUCUUGCGCAGCAACUUCCAGCGGCUGCGCAAUGCAGAAGGUUACAUUGCUGCUACGGAUGUGUUGCAGCUCCUAACGCAAUUUGAGGUGACGCCCAACCAGCUGCCGCUACGCAGCCUGAGACGAGUUCUCACAUGGCUCGGGGUCGAGGCCAAUCGGUUGGAAGAGGUGCUGCCUCUGAAGCACCUCCCAUCGCCCGGGGAUGCUCAGGAACCCGAGUUUCGUCUAAGACUUCAGAGUCUAUACAUUGUCUACACGGACUUUGCCGAACGUUUCGAGCGGGGCUUGGCACGUGCCAUGCAACAGCUGCGACCCUUUGAGGCUGACGUCGUGGACGCCGGACUCGCUUCGCCAACAGCUCCGGGUCCACCGGAUGCACUGAGCCACGUGGCGCGCGCGCGCGAGUCGGCGGCCAAUAGGCGUUGCGUGGUGCUUGAGCAAGAGGUGCGCACCAAGGACCGCAUCGUCCGCGAGCUGCAACGCCAGGUGGGAGAAUUGGAAGGCUUCGUGGAGCGAUUGGAGGCGGAAUUGUACGAAGAGACUCGUUUCACGAAAUGGUGGAUGGCGUUACAUCGCGUUGACGCGCGCAUUAGAGCGUUGCUACGAAUUGUUGAAAGCAUGUCCAGAAGCUCCGCAUCAUUGCAGCUGUUGGCGCAGUUUGAAGGAGCGAAGCAGCAAGGUGCGGCUGAUGGAGCGGUGGCCCAGGCACAAUUGGAUGAAUCGUUACCCAGGGCGGAAGUGGAACCCAAGUUGAAGCAGAUUGAGGCACUGCAAAGAUGCGGGACCGUAUGGGGUCAGGAGAUGGUCAGGUCCAGCCUGGCAUUGAAACAAGCCAAGGACAUCGGAGUUAGACGUCAUGGACCAUGA